AUGUUCCCUCAGUUCCACUCUCUGUUCCACCACCAUGUUCCUCAGCUCCACUCUCGUUCCACCACCAUGUUCCUAGCUCCACUCUCUGUUCCACACCAUGUUCCUCAGUUCCACUCUCUGUUCCACCACCAUGUUCCUCAGCUCCACUCUCUGUUCCACCACCAUGUUCCCUCAGCUCCACUCUCUGUUCCACCACCAUGUUCUCAGCUCCACUCUCUGUUCCACACCAUGUUCCUCAGCUCCACUCUCUGUUCCACCACCAUGUUCCUCAGCUCCUCUCUGUUCCACCACCAUCUCUCUCAGCCCUUCAGUUCACUACCCCCCCCCCCCCCCUCUCUCUCUGAUGUACCAGGCCAGGAGGAGGGAGCAGGUGUCUGUCAGUUCUUCCUGUUGGGAAAGUGUCGUUUUGAAAACAGGUGUCGUCGAUCUCACAGCACUCCAACAUUAGACGACCCAGAGGCUGUUAUAGAMMAGGAAAACAGGAAGRAGGGAGAAAAAGAGGGAAAACUCAAGAAGAAAGCAAUAGGGAAUAAAACAAACCAGMCAAAAGACACAGAGGGAAAAGGAUCAACCAAGAAGCCCCGCAUGCGUACAGCCGAUGACGUCAUCUCUCGGAUCCUGUGGGACCCGUCAGUGGAGCCGGCGGACUUUGUGGUGGGGUACGUGGACCGCUUCCUUGGGGUGCUGGAGCGGCCCUUCUCUGAGUUCAACUGGGACACCGACCCCUGCGAUUGUGACUACUCCUCUGAGCUAGCCCUGCCCAGACAYAGGAUUCAGUACUUCACCCAUAGAGGGCGUAGAGUCUGGGACCGCAACAACAGGACUGACAGGGUGUUUGGAUCCACUGGACAGUGUCUGGCGCCCCCCUUUGGGCAGGAGGAGGAGCAAGAGCAGGGUACAGGGACACAAGAUGUUGAACAACAAGACCCAAAAAACGACCACCGUGAAUCAAGAGAAGAACAAGAUGGCGUCAUCACUACAGAGGAGGGAGAAGAGAGUGACGAGUCCCUGAUAAAACAGGAUGUUGAAAACGGACACAUGGAGGAAAGAAAUCAGAGCAAGACAAGUAUUCAGAUGCCUGAGUCGACCAGACCAGGCACAGGAAGUACUCCACUGAACCAACAGGAAGCAGGAAGAGAAUCAGAACCCUCGGAAGAGGAAGUUGGGAAGGAUUCCGUUUUAGUCGUCAUAGCAGACCAGAUGUCUCUAUCCCAGAGAGAAAGCGAGAGCAGGGGGGAGGAAGGUGAGAAGGAGGAAGAAUGGAAAGAUUACUGGGAUGGAGAGAAAGGCCCAGACCUAGCCCAGUGUCCGUCUGUGCCUGUGGAGCAGAGAACAGAGAGGGGUGGAGGCCGGCCUUCCAAACGUAAGCCCACCCACUUCAUCACCUUCCGGGCCAACACUCCCUCCAUCCUCUCCUCCUUCCAGCACCUUCAGGAGGAGCUCACCUCCCUCCUCCCCUCAUCCGCCCCUCAUUGGUUGCCCCCCUCCUCCCUCCACGUCACCCUCUGUCUCCUGGUCCUCCCCGGCCCAGCCGAGGUCACUGCUGCUGGGGAGAUGCUCCAACGCUUCGCCUACCUGGACCGCAACCCCCCUGUGGCYGUCUCCUUMCCCCUGAAACUGAAGMACUUUGGUGGGAAGGUUCUCUACCUGAGCCCCCAGCCUCAGCCCCACCUCCAGCAGCURAAYGCUGGCCUACAGGAGGCCUUCAGAGAGCAGGGCUGGCUGCACAGGGACUCCUUCAACCCACGCUACCAUCUCACCCUGGCCAAGGUGAAGGACCGGGAGGGGGCGAGGGUGUUUGAGGGGGUGGGGGAGCUGAAGGUGGGUAAGGGGGUGAAUUUUGGGCGACUGCCUAUAAAUAGGCUACAYCUGUGUAGCAUGGGGAUGACUGGGGAUGGGUUUUAUGAGACACUGUGUUUGGUCAAUCUUCGGUGAGAGGUAGGUGUGUGUUUGUUUAGGUAUGGAGGUGCUAUUUUACAAAGCACAGAACCCACAUUUCCACACCUCACAGUCUCCAUAGUUUUACAUUUAAAGGUGCAAUAUGCAGAAAUCGCCCCGCCAUUUCCUGGUUGCUGAAAUUCAAAUAGUUUGCCUAAGUUCAGUU